AUGGUCCAGACUUCACAGAGGAAGCAACGUGAUUGUGUAACCCAAGCCAAGCCAAAACCUGGUUUAAACAUCUCAAUUCCUUGGAGGAUGUCCAGUUAUGUAUUCAAGAGACGAGUUACUAGAAUUACUUCCCAUCCUGGCAGUGAAGUCAGGUGCCAUCAAUGGGAGGAGAAUUUGGACAAGCCCCAGCAGGUCUGUUGGCAGAAGAGACUGCAAGGACUCCAGGCCUACAGCAGUGCGGGGGAACUUCUAAGUACUUUGGAUCUUGUCAAAGCCUUGCAAAAGACUGCACGUAGUUACACAGGUGAAUCCCUACCCCAGGCUCUUGCUGGUGAUCUGCACUCCAUCUCCAUGCCCACCCCUGGCCCAUCUUCAGACUUGGUGAAGAUGAUCCCAGGAUCAGGUCUUGAUAUCUCACAGCUCCUCUGCAAACCAUUUCUGGUAACCGAUGAAGAUAUUAGGAAACAGGAAAGGAAAGUGAAGACGGCAAGGGAGAGAUUGGCAAUAGCACUGACUGCAGACAGACUUGCUAGCGAAGCAGAGAAAGUGAGAGGCCAAGAAGGAUGUCCUAAAAAACAUUAA